UAAGUGAAAAUUACCUCUCACUGAUACGUUACAGAUCAAAAGCACUUUCUCAUUUUUCUUUCACUGCUAUAUAUAUAAAUGAAAAUGGAGUCGUAAUUGUUUCUUCACCAGUUCCAGAAUUCUGAAUUGCAGUAUCGUAGGGCUUAGGAGGAUCUCUGAGGGAUUUGGUCUGCUAUGGCAUCCAAGCGGAUUCUCAAGGAGCUUAAGGAUCUCCAGAAAGAUCCUCCUACCUCUUGCAGUGCUGGCCCAGUAGCUGAAGAUAUGUUCCAUUGGCAAGCAACAAUCAUGGGUCCAGCUGACAGUCCCUAUUCUGGUGGAGUGUUUCUUGUUACUAUUCAUUUUCCACCUGACUAUCCAUUCAAGCCACCAAAGGUAGCUUUCAGGACAAAGGUUUUCCACCCGAACAUCAAUAGCAAUGGCAGCAUUUGCCUUGACAUUUUGAAGGAACAGUGGAGCCCUGCACUUACCAUCUCCAAGGUACUGCUCUCUAUCUGUUCUCUGCUGACAGACCCUAAUCCCGAUGACCCUUUGGUGCCGGAGAUUGCUCAUAUGUACAAAACUGAUAGGAGCAAGUAUGAGACAACUGCCCGGAGCUGGACUCAAAAAUUUGCCAUGGGAUAGUUGCUGUGACCAUCUCUGUCCCUGCUGUGGUAUUUUGUAUUAUCUAUCGAAUAGUUGCUGUGACCAUCGGGGUCUGAUUCCCUGCUGUGGUAUUUAGUAGUUUAUAUAUUAUGUAUUAUGAAAUUGUGUUCUUAUGCAUAAUCAAAACUUAAAAGGCGGGAAAGUCGAACAGGUUCGUCGUGAAACAAUUUGAUUUUCUCUUUGCUUGCAAGAAUGUUAUCAGUUAUGGUGUUAAAACUCUUAUGUUGGGUUCAAAGUAUGCAUUUUAACCCUUUGCA